AUGGCCAGCGCCAGCGGCAGCGCUCUCGCCGCACCCACCACCGUCCGCACCAGCGUGCACUUCACCCCGCUCCGCGGCUCGUCGGGCGGCGCAGCGCCCUCCGGGCUCCUCGAGGUGGACGGCCUCACACUCCUGCUCGACUGCGGCUGGGAGCCGCCGUUCGACGUGUCCGUGCUGGAGCCGCUGCGCGGGGUGGCCGCGCGGGUGGACGCGGUCCUCCUCUCGCACGGCGACCUCGCGCACGCUGGAGGGCUCGCGUUCGCCUUUGCGCGGCUCGGCCUCUCCUGCCCCGUGUAUGCGACGCUGCCCGUCUCGCGGCUCAGCAAGCUGGCGCUCUACGACGCGCACGAGGGCGUCGCCGAGCAGUCGGCGGCGGGCGCGCCCUUCACGCUCGACGAGAUCGACGCCGCGCUCAGCCGCGUGUCCGAGCUCAAGUACUCGCAGACCGUCCUCUUGUCGGGCCGCGCCGCCGGGCUGAGCCUCACUCCCCUCCCGGCGGGCGGGUCGCUGGGCGGCGCGAUGUGGCGCGUGAGCAAGGCGCUCGAGGAGGUCGACACCUGCUUCCGCGUCCUCGAGCUCUGCCUUGUCCUCGAGGCAAUGUGGGCCGCCGACCGAAAGAUGCAGCGGUACGGCCUCGUCCUCCUCUCCCACGUGGCGAGCGCGACGGUCCACCUCGCCGCCUCCCAGCUCGAGUGGAUGGGCGCACAGGUUGUGCUUGCCUCGGCCGCCGACGCGUCUCACGGCUUCGCGGCGCGGCUGCUGCCCGCCGUCUGCGCCGCGCCGAACGCGCUGCUGCUCUUCACGGCGCCGCCGCGGCCCGGCACCAUCGGCGCCUCGCUCCUCGCCUCGCCCAUGCCGCCCACCGUCUCGCUCAAGACGCGGGCGAGCCGCCGGGGACGGCGCCUGGUGUCGCAGGAGGUGCGCGUGCGCUGCCGCGUCGAGCUGCUCGACUUUAGCGGCGGCGCCGACGGCCGCGCCUUGCGUGCCGUGCUGCCUCGGCUCGGAGCCUCGAGCGCGGUGCUGCUCGGUGUGGAGCGCGACGCGGCCGAGGAGAUGAAGGCGCACCUCGAGGCGAGCGCGCCGGUCGGACGGCCGCUGGCGGCGACCGUCGCCACGGACGGCGAGCGGAUCGACGCGUCGUACCGGCUCAAGCUCGACGACAAGCUCCUCGCUAGCCUCAAGCUCACGCGCGUCGCCGCAUACGACCUCGCGCACGCCACCGGCUUCCUGCGCAAGCCGCGAGACUUGCGCCGCGGCGUCGCCGCUGUGCUGGAGCCGCCGUCCUCUGCACCCGCCGCACCCGCCCCCCCUGCAAUCGCGCACGCCGGUGGUGGUGGCGGGGCCGCCGCCCCUGCGUCUUUCGACGCCGCUGCCGCCGCGCUUGCGCCGGCGGCUGCCCCGCCGAGGCCGACGCGCCGGCGCACCACGCUGGUGUCUGCGGGCCCGCUGCGGCUGCCGGAGCUGCGCAACAGCCUCGCGCGCGAGGGCGUGGCGACGGAGCUCGAGACAGGGGCCUUGCUGCUCGGAGGCGGGAUUGUGGCGCUGACGCGGCCGGAGCCGAGCGAGCUCGUCCUCGCGGGCGAUUUUGGCGCCACCUUUCUCCGCGCGCGCAAGCGGACCUUUGAGCACCUCGCGAGGAUUUGAUCUGACAGACGCGAUCAUUUUUUUUCCGGCUAAUUCUUUUUGG